CGAGUGCCUUGGGUCCCUCCUUACAACGGAUAUAACCCCUUCUGGACUCAUCUCCUUCCUUCACUACCAAAUCUUGACUCGACCCGAAUUCCGACUGUGAUUUCCCCCAAAUUUUCGUUCCCUUCUCCGAAAUGGCCCCUUCUGCAGAUCCCGCAACCUGGACCCAUGAACCCUCUAUCAUCAAGGAGGAUGAACUUCGAGAAGUGGCCGCACUUCUGGGCAAAGGCUUCCGGGUCCACCAUCCCGAUGCUGUCGGGGGAAUUAGUUUAUCUCACAAUCCAAACCGCCAUAAGUAUAUGGUCAUGCAUUAUCACUCUGUGGAAAAUGGGUUCAGAUUGCCCCUUCAUGGCUUGGUUCGCGACAUCUGCCUCCAUUUCGGGUUCGCCCCCGGCCAAUUGACUGCAAAUGCACAUAAGUAUGUCGUGUCCUACAUCUUGCGGUGCUGUGCCUUAGAUAGAACCCCAACACUGGACGAAUUCCUCGUCCUUUUCAGCAUUGUUCACAGCCCUAUUGAUCUGCCGAGUGUUGUACGCCGCAGUUCUAUCUCUCGGACAAAGUUCGUUGCAGCCCCCCUGGCGGAGGCAGCAUACUACGCCUUGAGAGAGGAAGGGGGUUUGAUUCCACAUCACUCCCUUCGAGACGCCAGGUUAUACAAGAAGGCGGAUUUUUACUACCCCCUGGGUCCUGACCCCAUUCCGUUUGAAGGGGUGUCUUCCCAUGAAAGGUCAAAGGCUCCUCCUGUCGUGGAAUCAAAUCAGGUCGAGAGCUCUUCCGGGAGCCAAGCCCAAGGUAACUCCACUGCCUUGGCUAUUCGCAAGCCGGCUGCUGCCUUGGAGGCUAUUCCCAUCUCCGCCAUUCCCGGGCUGAGGAAGCCCACCCCGUCCCAGAAACAGCCACGCCCCCUGACUGCAUCUUCUGGUUCCCAGAGUACCACCCCUGCUGCCGCAUCCGGAGGUUUGGAGUUACCCAACCCGGAUAGCUUAGAUCGUGAGGAAGAUGAACUUCUGGACCAGCCAGCACUUAAAAGACCUACAGUGCAGCCUCAGCCUGAGGUGAACAAUACCACCCCACCAGACGCAACUAUUCCCCAAGGGGUAGAGGAAGAAGCUGACAGGCAGAAAGAACCGGAGGCUUCCCCUGCGACAGAGAAGGAGGUUGGAGGGCAGGAGGAUACGGAAGCUCCCCCCGAGACGGAGAGAGAGACUGAGAGACAGCCUCCCACUGGACUCCAGGCGAACCUGGAGAAAAUGAGGGGGUCGAUGCAGGAGCCCAUAACUCCCCAGGCACGCCCUGACCUGCUUGCCCUCAAUGCUCUGCAUUCCAUGGAGCAGGCCCAACAAUCACUCCUCACUCUAACUGAGGAGUACUUGGGUGGAGCAUGGGGAAAUUAUAGAGCCGUGGUGGUUCUGAAGGAAAAGGACUUGGCUGUUAAGGCCUUGCAGCACAAGGUUGACUCCCUAGAGCAACAGGUCCAGGCCCUUCAAGGAGAGAAUGCCAAGCUCAAGGUAGAUGGCUCGGCGGAACUGGUGGCUGAAAGGUCCCGGGUCACGUCCCUGCAAGAGCAGAUUGCUACCUACCAAAGGGGGACCCAGGAUCUGGAAACGCAGUUUGACAGACUCCGGGCACAAAUCUCCAGCCUGGAGUCGAAGGCCUCAGCUUCAGAAGACAAAGUGGGGAGCCUAAAAGCUGAGGUGGUUGAAAGGGAAUCCCGGAUCUCUGAGCUGGAGGAUUCACUCCGUAAUGCCAAGCAAGAGGGUGCUCAUUUUAGUGAUUUCGUGGUGAAACAUAUGGAGGCUAAACGGCUUACCCUCGAGAAGUUGGAGAAGGAGAGACAGACUGCAAGUGAGCUCCAGUCAAGGGUGAGAGAACUGGAGAAGACCACAACUUCUCAUCAAGAGGAGAGUAAAGUCUUCAUCGACUUAACCCUUUUUGGGACAUCUUCUUCUUCGGAUGACGAUUUCCCUGCCUCUCCGGCUCAAUCCAACGACAUGGCUGGGUUGAGUCCUGGCAAGUUCUCAAGACUUUAUCCAGCACCUCGACUUCCUGCGCCAUCACCUCCUAGUCUGCCCAGUCUUCCAUCCGGGAGGAUAGAUUGGGGCUCUAUGACCCUCCAAGACUUCGCCUUGUACCAGAGGAUGCGCAGGGCUAGAUUUGGGCGUUCUUUUCCGAUUGUCGAGGCGGAACCUUCACGUGAAAGACGGACAACUUCUCCAAACUUGCUGAAGCCUCCCAACGAUGGUUCAUCAUUGGGAGCACCAGCUCCCUGUCCGGGGACAUGGGAAGACUAUGACAUAGAGGAAGCUGCUGAUUCCGCCGCGUGCCCCUCGUCGAAGAGAAGGAGCCCAUGGAGGGGGGCCCCAUCUCCUUCUUGUUGACCGCAUGGAUGCAAUAGGCCCUCCUUCGGUGUCUAACUCCCUGCAAAUCAAUUUUCCUUUUCUUGUUCUAUUUCAAGAGGCAUUCGCUUGUUUGGUCCAGGAGUUUUUCCUGCGUCCCAUACUAAGGAAUGUCCUUUAAUUUCAGAUUAGGAAUUAUCGUUGUAAUUCUAAGAUACAGCCUUCGAAAUAACAAUCGAUAAACUUCCCUAUUUUUCUGAUUUCUUUCAUAUCAUUAGGAACCAUUAUUGUGAACUAAAAGUGUAAACUUUGG